CCUAUUAUCAUAUCCAUGAUUCUCCACAAUUUGUGAUAUAUUUUUUUUAUUUGCUGUAUUGAAAGUUAAAAUAGUGCUAAUUUGCUGAGAAAUUGGUUUUACUAGUCCUAGGAGAGUAGCCAACACGCAUGCGCGUUUUGUUUCCUACGCUCCCUACCCCCUCGAGCCACCAGGGGCUAGUCGUUGGAGCGCAAUGGCGGUGCACCGGGGACCUUCUUCGAAAUGGCUCUUUUCCCGGGAGCAACUGGAAACAACGCCGUCCCGCCGCAGUGGAGUCGAAUCUGAUAGGGAACUUUCUUACCGACAGCAAGCCGCCAACCUAAUUCAGGAUAUGGGCCAGAGACUCAACGUCUCUCAACUCAUCAUCAACACUGCAAUCGUUUACAUGCAUAGAUUUUAUAUGAUUCACUCUUUCACUAAGUUUCAUAGGAAUAUCAUCUCCCAAACAACCUUGUUCUUGGCUGCGAAGGUGGAGGAACAACCCAGGAAGCUUGAACAUGUCAUCAAAGUGGCCCACGCCUGCGUCAACCCCCAGGAUGCACCACUAGACACCAAGAGUAAUGCAUACCAUCAGCAAGCUCAGGAGCUGGUGAUACUAGAAACGAUAGUACUGCAGACGCUAGGUUUUGAAAUAACAAUUGAACAUCCUCACACUGAUGUUGUGAGAUGUUCCCAGCUAGUGCGAGCAAGCAAGGAUUUGGCACAGACUUCCUAUUUCAUGGCUACCAACAGGUUGUUAUCCUGACCCCGCCCCCCCACUAUGUUGCACUGUGAUGGCACACUAUAGCUUCCUGUACUGGCAGGUCCCCCUUCCUGUGUCCAACGCCCUCUUUGCGCCAGGCAGGUUUCUGGUAAACCCCUAGGGGCGGUACCGGACAGCCAGGCUGCAGCAGUGCGGUGUAUUGUACAAGGGCUCAGUGUUGGCACAUAGGGGUUGAAUGCACAAUGUGAACGUGUUGGUGGUGCUGUAGACUGUCCUCACUGACCGUUUGGUUGCUACAGAGUGCAUAUGUCUCCUCCUUCCUAAAACACAAUUGGUAGCCUGAAUAUAGCUUGCCACUAAAGAUCAGUGAAAAGAUGUAAACUAUAGCAUCUGUCCCGGUAAGUAUUAAUAACGUUUUGUUUUUUUCUUGAUUUAUGUUUGACAAAUAGAAGCUAAUAUAUACCAGGGUAACAAGCAAAUUGAUAAUUGACACACCUAAUACUCCAGUAGUAAAAUGAUCAUCCAUAAUUCUCUCUAAUAUAUGAAUGACUUGUAUGCUAUAGGUAUCCUAUUCUUUACCUUAGUAGAAUAUAAACAUUACAGUUCAUUAUUUUCCUAAAUUUAAUUUUAGUAACUGUACUUGCCCUGACUUAGAUGAAUAAUUUUGCUAUCCUAUCAACAGCAGUAUUCAAUGUCUGGACAGAGGGCAACAAAUGUUAGUUUUUUUACAGUCAAAAGGAUACUUCCAUAAUUAAUGUAUUGCCCAGAUUUUUGCAAUGCAAGAAAAUUGAACCAUUUUGAAAAGGGACAUUUUAAAAAGAAAGUUGGCAAAGGUAUGAGUGAGAUGGCAUAACUUGACAGGCUGGUCUGGAACAUAGCAGGUGGAUGGUGGGCAUCAAUUAUCUCUAGGAAACGAGCUUGAUCCCAAUAAAAUACCCAGUACUCUCAAAGAACAAGUUUACCGUCUAGGUUGUCCUCAAUGUAUCAGUUUUCUAAGGUAAGAUUCUGUAUGAAAUGGUAAGAGAAACAGCCACGAUCAUCCAUCAUAGAAAACCACCGUGGUACGUGCCUCUGCCACUCACUCUCUCAACAGUCUGGAAUAUGAAGGCAGUAUUAUAAUAUGGACUGUAUGCAUGCAGAUCAGCUGUACUCUGAGCUUUAUUAGACCAGAGACAUGGCUCUAGUCUGGAGACACCAUAGAGAUGUUCAAACCUCUCCUCGUGGACCCCCGGCCCUUCCACAACUAGCACACCUGAUUCAACUUGUCAACUAAUCGUCAAGUCCUUGAUUAGGUGAAUCCGUGCUCUAGUUCAGGAUUGCAACAGAACUGUGAAACGUCUGGGAUUUCCCGGGGAAAUGUUUGAAAACCACUUCCUUUGGGUCUUCAGCCAUGUCCCAGGGCUAGUGCUAAUGUCCUGUAUUCCAACCCUAGAACUGUAGCUAACGGGUGUCUCCUCUGUGCUCUUCCCUCCGACAGCCUCCACCUCACCACGUUCUGCCUGCAGCACAAGCCCACAGUCAUCGCCUGCGUCUGCAUCCACCUGGCCUGUAAAUGGUCCAACUGGGAGAUCCCGGUCUCCACUGAUGGGAAACACUGGUGGGAGUACCUGGACCGCAC